AUUGAUCGGUUCAACCUGCGUCUUUAUCAUUGAUACCGUUACUCCGCGUAUAGAAGAAGGACCAAGCACUAGGUCACAUUUCUUUCAGUCUUUAACAGUUCUAGCUGGUAGUGAGUGCUUGGCGAACUGACCGCCACGAGAACUCUCACCGACUCGAUGGACAAUCGAAAUCGACGAAUUACGAAAAAUAUCUAAAAGUGCGUCAGUGCGUUUUCUAAAUCGGUUUUGCCUCAAUAUGAAGUGCGUUAGUUUAUUGUUAUUUAUCACUAUAUUCGGCGGCAUUUUCCGGCAUGGCCGUUCGACCUGCGUUUUGGAAUCUGAUUUCGGAUUUAUCCUCAACUGUGCUUUUAAGAAAUCUGGCCUGUUUCGAGUUAGAAAUCUUGGUGGUAUAAAAGCUCACAUAGGCCUGGGCUUCAGUGUCGGAGACGAGUUGGGAUUUAAGGAAUCCAUAUCGAACACGGAAAUAAAUCGAAGGAGAUCCGUUCAAAUUUCGCAAAUGCAAGCGCAGUUAAUUCAGGCGCAACAAAAACAGCAAAACGCCAAACAGAAGCAACCUAAAUACGUCAACCCAGAAAAGGGUGUACCGGUAGCAACGAUAGAGGCCGUACCUGUUUCGUCGAUGCAAGUGGUCUCUCCGCUCGCCUCGGGGACAAUUCGUCCUUCAGACGAUAUAGGAAUACCCCCUUUCAAACCCAUCCCGCCCGCCGCAGAACGACCCAAUAAUAAUUCUCAAUCUCCAGCUGUAAUGGGUAUCGCUUUUCCCGCUUUCAACCCCAUUCCCUCUUCAUUUUCACGUUUUUCCGUAGGUACUUCUUCUAAUAAUCUACCAGUAGAUCCGUCUCUAAUGGCUGUAGUAGCUGUACCCAAAAAGAAAGUUUCUCAAGUAGCAGCCGACAAAGUCGGUAACAGUUUCUCCGAUAGGGUGUUGGCUAAUAAUGAAAUUGGGCCUGUACCUCAACACUCUUCUAACUCCCUUCAGGCCCUUCUUUCCGCUAACAACGUCACCGAAGAAGCGUUGGAACUCGCGUUGAUCCAGAGGCAACAGACUAUGAACAGAAUUAAAACGAAGAUGAGUACGACUACGACGAAACGUCCUGUAACUUCUAAAUAUGCGAACAGCGUAGGAAAGGUUAUGAACGCCCCCAAGGAGUAUUAUCCCGUAGGGUACGAUAAAAAUUUCGACGACAACUUCGCGUCUCGUGUCGAAUUACCGGAAACUUCGUUUUAUUGUGGCGAUCAGAAGCAUUUUCCCGGAUUAUACGCUGACGAAGAUCUAGGUUGCAUGGUAUUCCACGUAUGCGCAUUGACGGACGACGGUUUGAUUAUGAAGAGUUUUCUUUGUCCCGAAUCGACAUUGUUCGACCAAACAAUUCUGAAAUGUAAUUGGUGGUUCUACGUGGACUGCAAAAAUUCGAAAAAACUUUACGAUUCCAACAUUCCGAUUUCGAAAAGUUACCAGCUAAUGAAAGCUCUGACGUUCUUUUCGCAGUAUAAAAAAGACGCGGCCACGUCGACGACGUCGAAAACCACAGAAGACUGAUACAUCCUAACGAAUUAUUUAUAAGAUUUAUUAAUUAGGUCCAAAAAGAUUUGUGAUUUCCUUUAGCUGUUCUGCAAAUAAAUUUUGUUAUCUAGUCAUAGUGCUGUUAAGCUUUUUAAAGAGACGUUUAGGUAUUUAUUGACGAAGCGUCAAUUAAUUUAUUUUGUGUAUAUAAGUUUAAUAUACAGUUCUUUUCUUUUUUUUACGUCUAAUACUUAUGUUUGCAGAAUAAUCUUAAGAUAGUUUACUAAAUCUUUUUGGAUAUCACUAGCUCAAUGUAUUUCAAAACAAUUGUUCUGAUUAGUCGCAUUAUUCGGGAGUUCAAAAAUUAGAUUGGUACAAUUUUCAAGCAUACCUAUUACCCGUUUAUUGUAUCGUACUAGAUAAUUUGUUGAUUGUUUUACUGUUAAUAUUUAUACAAAGAAUUAUUAAAGUAAUAUUAAACCGUU